UGCCGCUGCAAAAUGAAGUCGCAUGAGUCCAAACGUAACUGUCGUUUGUGUGGCGGUUUUCUGGAUUGUUGAUCUGUUCUUGAGAUGUUUGCGAGACAUUUCUUUGCCAAAGUCGGAGUCCAGCUUUGAUUUGAGAAUCCCACCGGUGGAUUUGGCUUCUUGAAAGGAUAUCGAGCCUAUCAGAGGACGUUAGCCAGCGAAGUUAGCCAAGCUAACCGGCCAGACUCAAACAUGCCGAAUUUUUGCGCGGCUCCAAACUGCACACGGAAGAGUACGCAGUCCGACUUGGCAUUUUUUCGGUUUCCCCGAGACCCUGAGAGAUGCAGAAUCUGGGUGGAGAAUUGCCGCAGGGCGGAUCUCGAAGCCAAAACAGCCGACCAGUUGAACAAGCACUACAGAUUAUGUGCCAAACACUUUGACCCUGCCAUGGUGUGCAAAACUAGCCCCUACAGGACGGUGUUAAAGGACACGGCCAUCCCAACCAUUUUUGAUUUGACGAGCCAUCUGAAAAACCCUUACACCAGGCACAGGAAGCAGAUAAAAGAGCUUACUGAUGAAGAUAUACAGAGGAUUAAAGAGAGACGAUUGGCUUCUGCUGAGCAGACCAUCAAAAAAGAGGAUCUGUCAAACAUGGUUGACAACGAGCCUCAACUCUCAGCCGAUGAGAAAGAUUACCGGGAUUAUUUAAGGUCUUUGUUUGAGAUUCUGUUCAUGCUGGCAAAACAAGCAAUCCCUUUGACCGCCGGCAGAGUAUCCGAAGAAGAACUCAAGUCCAACAACUUCCAGGCUCUCAUAGAUUACUGCAUGAAUGCCGGAGACGAGGCUCUGAGGAAGAGAUUCGAGGUGACUGCGGUGAACAGCGAGUACCUCAGCGCCGCCCAGCUGAGUCAGCUCCUCGACGUUUGCGAGAACACGGUGAGGGAGGAGAUGCUCAUGGAGGUGAGAGAGAGUCGUUUCUACUCCCUGGUGACGGGCGACCUGGUCGAAUUCGCCAACAGCAAACACUUGCCCGUGUUCCUCCGCUUCGUCAACCAGCAGAACGUCCUCAGAGAGGAGUUCGUGGACUUCCUCCCGUUCGUGGACGGAGACGAGGCGGCGCUGGUGGAAAGCCUGGAGGCUCUCCUGGUGGACCGCUGGGGACUCAGCAUGGAGGACUGCCGCGGUCAGGCCCACAAGGCCACCGGGACCUCCACCACGAAGAUGAAAGCCGUCGCCGUACUGCUCAUGGAGAAGUACCCUCUCGCGCUGCACAUGCCUUGCUCGCAUAUGGCGCUGAACAUCCACCUCGCCAACAACCUGCCUUUCCCCAACGUGCAGAUUGUCAUGGAGAAUCUGAGGAGGAUUACAUCCUUCUUUAAAACCCCACACACUCUAGAUGAGCUGGAAAAGGCCAUCUCCAUUCAGUUCCAGAAGAACGAGGAGAAAGGAAAUGCUCUGAAAAAGAUGUGCUCCUCCGGAUGGACGGAGCAACACAACAUCUUUGACGUGCUGCUGGAUAUAUUACCUUCACUCCUGCUGUGCAUGGAUAGCAUUCGGGACAAUGCCAACGGAAAGUUUUCCAGUUGCGUCUCUGCGGAGGCGUACUCCAUCGGAGAAAGCAUCGCGGACUUUGAGGUGGUUGUCACCGUCGUCAUCUUGAAGAACGUUCUGACGUUCACCAGAGCCUUCGGGAGAAACCUUCAGGGGGAAACGCUCGACGUGUUCUCCGCCGCAAACAGCCUAACGGCGGUUCUGUACUCUCUCAAUGAGGUCAACGAUAACAUCGACGUGUACCACGAGUUCUGGUACAGCGAGGCCGUCAGCUUGGCCGCCCUCAUGCAGAUCCCCGUGUCCGUCCCGAGGCUCUUCCUCCGGAAGCAGCGGGCGGCCGACCUCGGAGAGAUCCAGGCCGAGACCUACUUCAAGGAGUACGUGACCGUACCCGUGAUCCGCGGCAUCAUGCAGGAGGUGGAGGACAUGUUCUGCGACAACAACCUCCGAGCUCUCAAAUGCCUGUCGCUGGUUCCGGCCGUCAUGGGCCACAUGAAGUUCAACACCACGGAGGAGAACUUCGCCGAGGUCUACAGCGGCGACCUCCCGAACCCGGACACGCUUCCUGCCGAGCUCCACUGCUGGCGAAUCAAAUGGAAGCACAGAGGGAAAGAGGUGCGCUUGCCCACCACCAUCCACGAGACCCUGCAGCUGCCGGACGUCAAGUUCUUUCCCAACGUGGACGCCUUCCUCAAGGUGCUGUCCACCAUGCCGGUGCUCAAAGUGGAGAAAGGCACAGGCGAUACCGCCACCGAGCGGCUGCAGGCGUACCUCGGCAGCGUGCCUGCGAAGCAUUUAAACAAAAGUCUCGCGAUGCUCCACAUCAACACCCACGUCAAGCACGACCUGGACGUCAUGGUGGACAAAUACUGCCGGCUGUACCCCGAGGACGAUCCUGAGGCUGAAGCCGAGGACGUUGGUGACGACGUUAUUGUGACCAAAGUGAUCUGAAGCUUUGGGUCAGAUUCUCACUUGUUACCUUGGGUAAAAUACCACAGUUUUAACUGCCAAAAAAAAUAGUAGAAUGUUAUCUUAUUGCUGCAUCUGCAAUAAAUUACGUUACAAGAACAAAGAUAAGAAAAUUAGAAUAAACUUGUGAGAAUUAAGUAAUGUUACAAAAAUAAAUUUGUACAAUAAUAAAAUCAAAAGUAAUACAAGAAUAAAGUCGAAUUGUGACUUUAGUCUCGUAAAAUGAUCAUUUUCUUAAUACUGUGACUGUAUUAUUGUACAAGUUUAUUACGUAGCAUAACUUAAUGUGAUACUAACACUUUACGCUCAAUUCGAUUAUUCUCUUAAUUCAACUUUUUUGUUCUCAAAGUAAAUAUUCUUGUCAUAUUGUAACUUUAUUCUUGUAAUUUCUGACUUUAUUCUAAUUUAUUUAAAACAUUGUUUUGUUUUUUAGUUCGGCCCAAAUACUCCAUUGUACUUUAAACGUUUUCAAACAAGCAAUGAAAUCUUUCUUGGAAAUUGGUUAAUAAACGGAGCAACGAAGCUUCAGCUCGUCAGCAGAACGACGGCGGUCUGCGUUACGGUUCGCUCUGAAAUUCAAACGGAUGCAAAGUGGAUGUUUGUUCUUUUUUAUAAAAAUCAAUUUAUGUAGCUUAGAAUUUUGACUUUUAACUAAAAAGGAUAGGAAGCGUUUAUUGUGUAAAUAUUCAGUGUUUCUCCAACAAACUUGAGUCUUGAACGUGACGAUGUCGUUAUAAAAUGAAUCAAAUCUUUGGUGGUUUUUUUUUUUUCCAUCUUUUUAUUAUUAUUAGCCUUUUGAUAUUUGUGACUUUUGUAAUUGAUCUGAUGACUUCUGUGGGUUUGUUUUUUUUUAAUCAAAUGAAAUGAUGCAGGCAGAUCACUUGGUUCUCUAGAGAAAGGCUCUUCAAUGUCAUUCUAGUCUUUCAUACACGUUGGAAGUUCGUCUAUACUAUGUUCAUUUAUUGUGUUAUGCCUAAACAAAAUGUGACACUCGGGUGUUUUGUUUUUUUUCUACUCGUGCUUUGAACACGAUUUUGUUUUUGCAUAUUUUUUGUGGAAAAUGUUCAAUUUGUUGCAAUUAAAUGCCUUGUAAAUAACAUAAAA